CGCAAAACCCUCAUCUGAUUUAGGUCGUUGCUUCCCAAGCCAGACGCGAGUGAGUUCAUUUUGUACACCCGUGGUUCCCGUAGUCGUCGCCAACAUUAUCUCAAAGUACACUUGAUACAGGAGAACGAGCGCAGGUCUAAAAAAAUCCUGUGGGCGUUUUCCUUUGGAACGGCACUAUGCAAAGACUUCAAGUUUUGAAGGAGACUUUCUUUGACCUGGAUCCUGUCCAGAAGCAGGUUCUCAUAGGUACAGCUGUGGCAGCAGGUGGUAUUCUGGCAUACAUAGCACACAAAAGGAGACAAGUCAAAACCAUUCCUCUUGGUGAAGGUUGGUGGGGAGCAGGAGAGAAACCACUGUCAGAGGAUGAGAAAAUCUACCCCUUUAAAGUGCAAACCUCAGAUGAAGAGAUCAAGGACCUUCAUGAGCGCAUUGACAGAACCCGCUACACUGAUCCUGUAGAAGAUUGCGGCUUCCAGUAUGGCUUCAACUCCACUUAUCUGAAGAAAGUGGUUUCCUAUUGGAGACAUGAGUUUGACUGGAAAAAGCAGGUGGCAGUGCUCAACAAGUAUCCACACUUUAAAACCAAAAUAGAAGGAUUGGAUGUGCAUUUCAUCCAUGUGCGGCCACCACACCGUGAGAAUCAGAAGGUUCUGCCUAUUAUGCUUGUUCACGGCUGGCCUGGCUCCUUCUAUGAGUUCUACAGGAUUCUGCCACUUCUCACAGAGAACCAGGAUGGUGUUGCGUUUGAGGUCAUAUGCCCAUCUAUCCCGGGCUACGGUUUCUCCGAGGCCCCUCACAAACAAGGAUUUAACAGUCUUGCUGCUGCCCGAGUUUUCCUGACACUGAUGGAGCGUUUAGGAUUCUCCCAGUUCUAUCUGCAGGGAGGAGACUGGGGCUCCUUCAUCACCACCAACAUGGCACAGAUGAAGCCUCAGUGUGUGAAAGGCCUCCACUUAAACAUGUUUACAUCAACAAAGGGACUCAAAGUGCUGUUGUCCCUCAUGAUUGGUCCUUAUCUGCCCUUCCUGGUGGGAUUAAGUUGGGAAGAUGUCCGCCGGUUGUUCCCCUUCUUUGAGAAGAAUGUCUGGGACAUUCUGAGGGAGUCAGGCUACUUCCACAUUCAGGCCACUAAACCAGACACUGCAGGUUGUGGAGUGAAUGACUCUCCUGUAGGUUUGGCUGCCUACAUUCUGGAGAAAUUCUCCACCUGGACUGACAUGAGGAACAGAGAUCUGGCAGAUGGUGGGCUCGAGAGGAAAUUCAGCCUGGAUGACCUCUUGACAAAUGUCAUGAUCUACUGGACCACAGGCUCCAUUGUCUCCUCCAUGCGCUUCUACAAAGAGAACUUCAAGACUAAUCCUGAGAAAAGGGUGGAUGCAAAGACGGGGAUAUAUGUGCCCACUGGCCUGGCUGCCUUCCCUGAAGAGCUGAUGCAUUGCCCUGAGUCGUGGGCACAAAUUAGGUAUCGAAACAUCUACUCCUACACUUUCAUGCCUCGAGGUGGUCACUUCGCUGCCUUUGAGGAGCCCCAGCUGCUCGCUAACGAUCUCAUCCAGUUUGCCAAAAAAGUGGAGAAGCUCUGAGGACUUGGAUACACUCUGAAACCACUUUAGUUAUUGUACAUGUUUUCUAUGAUUGCUGUUGUGUCUGAUUUUGAUUGAUCAUCAUUCAUUCCAAAUUUGACAUUUAUACAAAUCCUUUUUUCUAUUAUCUCUGCCAUUCCACAACACAUCGUAUUGCUUGAUGUGCCUACAAAAUUGCAACACUGCUGAAAUCAUAUUAAAGUUUUAAUAAAUGUAAACAUAUACACAGAUGAAACUGGCAAUCCAAAGCAUCCACAUAUUGGAUUUUAAAAAAAAGCAAUAUAAUGUAUCAAACCUCUCAAGUUAUUCUUGUUAAAAAUAUAUUGCACCAAACACAUUUUCUCAAUAUUUCAGAGCACAAUAAAAAAGGAUAAUACACCAUA